AAGCUGGGGCAAAGCGGCUGGGGCAAAGUGACUGGGGCAAAGCUACAAGUUAACAACAUCUCAGCAGAGCAAUUGUUUAAGGUACAGGUCUUUUUCAAAAUGGAGUCUCUUGUGUCUUCCCUUUCUACAUAGACACAGUGAGAGUCUGAUCUCUCUUUCUUUUCCCUACAUCCAAGGGCUUGAAAAUUUCUUGACUUGUUGGCAACCCAAAUCGUUAUGUCUCCGAAACAGAGUUGACUGAGGGCACCGCAGGGCUGGGCGGGACCUUUGACUUCUUAUCCAUCCACAGGAGCAAGAAAACCUCAGCCCCACUCUACCGACACGCACCUAGUAAAAUUCCGCCAACUGAAUCUCACGCACGCUAACACGUGGGGAGGGUUGCUUGCACCACGAGUCCCCAUUUGGCUCAACCGCCGAUGCCAAGUGUGUGGCCCCAGUUGCGACGGCCCCCGUGAAGUGGCUUCCGGAUGUGCGAACGAACCAGGCAGAGUUUCAUUGGCCAAAUAGACCCCAGCAAAGCUGAAGUUAACUCCCAGAUUUGGGAUGUCCUUCCGAGGUAAAACAUUCAUCCCGUCUUCUUUCCGGAUGUCUGACACCGGGCCUUUCCAUGGUUCUCCCCCUGAUCCUAAGAGUAGCUGAGGUAGAGACUCACUGAAAGAUCUAGGCAGGGAUAUCCCAUCAUGCACAGGCUAUCUCCAUUCUCUGACCUGGGAACAACUCUGAGCGGGAUUCCACAUCUAGGAGGCCUCGGAACGGAGCGAGAUUUUCUGAGACACACCAAAUGGCUGCUCCCUUUGCACCGCUGAUGAGGGUCGUUAUCUUGAUUAUCCAGAUCACCUAGAAAGUAUCCGUAUCCAGAAUCCAUAAGAUCAACUCUCUGCUCCUCUGACAGCAGAAGGAGCAUGACCACAAUGUAUCAAAGAGGGUGGAAGGAAACGAUGUGAGACCAGAAAGCUCAGAGAACGGCCACAGGGGGUCGUAAGCAGGGCUUCCAACCUGAAUCAUGAAUAAUUAAUGAAGCGCAAAUCAAAGGGGAAUCGAGUCUCAGCAGGUGCAAUUCAUCCAACGGGAGAUCGCCGGAGGGCCAACAAGAUUGAGAAACUGGGAGUCGGGUGCAGUGUCAAGGGGGACGCGACUGGUUCCAAAGCUCAAGAAGACCAUGGGGUCACUUGGGCUACAUGAGAAAACGCCCCAGUGUGCUGCUUCAGCAUUCCGACUCCUGCCUGUCUCUUCCCAUCCAAGGGACAUGGACCCUAACUCCUGCAGGUGCAGAUGACCAUGGGCAGAAUUAAGGGUCGUGGCACAAAAGUUCACCGACACGGGAGUUCCACAGGAGGUCCGGUGGAUCUUCGCAAAUCCAGAGAAAUGGCAAUGGGACCCAUGGAAUUAGAGCCUCAGAGGCGUCCGGGAGACUUCUCAGGCAUAAUGCCUGGAGUGGCAAGACCAGCUGAAAAGGGAGCCAGGCACUGAAGGACAAAGCGGUGUUGACUUUCUUCAUCUGUGUUCCCCAGUGCAGUCCAAUUCACGGUGGUUUCCAAGCGCCUCCUGGAGGAGAAAACACAUGAGGGUGUUGUCAGGGUUCUCUGCCGACAGACUUACGGUGGGGAAGAAAGAGAAGCUCUGAAGAUGGAUCAUGGCCGUGACUGCAUGUCAAGGAGAAUCUCCUUGCUGACACUGAGGCCUACGUGGAGAUAUAGUAAAUACGGUCCAAUUAAAAGGUGUCUGUUCUACCACAUUUUUUAAAACAAAACAAAACAAAAAAACCAAAAAGAUGGAAAAGAAGACAGGGGUACAGGCACCAGUGUUACAUGUCUGACGGGGAACAUCUAUUCUUCAAAGCUUGCAGCUGUACACCUAGGUUUUAGAAUGUCUGUCAGCAGUGGACAUGAUCUUAGAGUGGGCUGUGCAGACAGACCUUUCCGGGUCAUGUGAUUGGAUUAAGUUAAUGGUAAUUAAGGUGCAUGUAACUGAUUAGGUUAGGGUACGUUCCACGUCAGGUGACCAGAGGCAGUAUAAAAGGCAGCCUGGAAAGCAGAGGUCCCUCUCCGCCCCUUCCUCCGUCUUCCUGGAUGCUGCAUCGCUUCCAGCGGGGCUGCUCCAGCACCUGCCCAUCUCAGCGCCAGCCGGGGAAAGAAAGUAGACGGAUAAUUUCAGGUUCGUUUCACUGAACAGUUGUUUGUUUCCCACAAUCCCUGAGGGGUGGGGGGAAAAGAGACAAAGGAGACUGAAAGAAACCGAUCACACUGGGGCUUGCUGAUGGGGUAGGAUGUGCUUGCUCUCGUUUCCAGUAAUUCUUGGAAGAGAAAACGAGAAAACAUUUCCGUCUCCAUGGGUGGGAUAAGACCAAGAUGGGAAUGCGAAAAGAAAUGAACUGCAGCACGCUGAAUGGGUGGGUAAAUGGAAAAAGGACUUUGGAAAAAAAAGGGUGGUUUGCCCUUCAGCCGUGUAAGAAAUCGAUACGAUAUGGCACGUGUUCACUGUUUGUUUAGAUGAAUUCGUGUGGCAUGUGUAAAAUACCAGAACAAUAAAUAAAGAGGGGCUGGAGCGAAAGCCAGAAAGCUAGAACAGGAAAGACCAUCACCUGCUAUUGUGGUAGAGAGGAAGAUAACUUCUCUCUAUGAAUUUGUGUUUGGAAGUCGCCUAAUGAAAUGGCAAGAGUAGCGAUUCAAGUUGUGACGGGAAGCGUCCCUUAUCCCUGAUUUCAAACAGACCUGCCAAAGGGUGACAUAGGCCAUGCCCUGUGGCUUCGAUCGUUCUGUCCGUCAGGGAGCUAGAAUCAUCGGGUCUUCUACCGGAGUGAAUCGUGAUAGACCUAAGUCCAGUCUCCAGAAUCAGUUGUUUGUUUGGGGUUGAAAGCUCCACUCCCCAUACCUAGGCCACGGGCCCUGUGGCAGGCGAGGUUUACUCUUGGACUAGGUAAUCAUGGCAGAGGAACACACAAUAUCUGAGGAUGCACACAGCACAUUGCUUUCCACAGAUCUGACCGACUGGUGGUGAGGUCUGCUCAUCACCGCACCGGCAAGGAGUUAGCUGGGGGCUUCCUGUGGGUGUGUGAAUAUCCAAUGUGCUUAACCAUCGACAUGUGUGUGUUUGUGUGUGUUUCAGGUGACCCAACAAUCAACCCCUGAAAAAGGCGGUCAUAAAACCCCCAGGGGAUGAAGACGAUGGCACGUCGUGACCCCAAAACCGGGGCAAACAGACUCGUGCGAGCCCAGACCCUCCAGAAGCAGCGGAGGGCCCCAGUUGGGCCAAGGGCUCCCCUGCCCGAUGAAGAAGACCCCAGGCUCAAGUGCAAAAACUGCGGGGCCUUAGGACACACGGCCAGAAGUACCAGGUGCCCCAUGAAGUGCUGGAACGCAGCCCUGGUUCCACAGACCUUUGGGAAAAAGGAAGGGAAGGAAAACCUGAAGCCGUGGAAGCCCCGGAUUGAAGCGAAGCCGGGGCCCUUGAACAAGGAUAAGGGAGAGAAGGAAGAGAGACCAAGGCAACAAGACCCGCAGAGGAAGGCUCUCCUCCACAUAUUUUCCGGCAAACCUCCAGAGAAGCCGCUGCCAAAUCGAAAAGGAUCCACGGAAUCUUCGGAUUAUCUGAGGGUUGCAAACGGGCCAGUGCCGGUCCACACAACCAGUAAGAGACCGCGCGCGGACCCUGUCCUCACUGAUCGCUCAGCCACCCAAAUGCCUGACAGGGGCUCCGCCUUGGCUUCACUGUCUCCCCUCAGAAAAGCCAGUCGGAGCUCCUCCUCAAGUCUUGGAGCGAAGGAAAGACAGACAGGGGCUGCGGCCGACAUACCUCAGCCUGCAGUGAGGCACCAGGGCCCCGAGCCUCUCCUCGUGGUGAAGCCGACACACAGCAGCCCUGAGGGUGGCUGCCGAGAAGUUCCCCAGGCCGCCUCCAAAACCCACGGCCUGCUCCAGGCCAUCAGCCCCCAGGCACAAGACCAGCUUCCUGCGGUGACCUCACAGCCCUGCCCACCAGCCCCCACACAGGGCUUGGGCCUCGGCUCCAAUCUCAGCUUCAGGCCAGGAGCCAAGAGACCUGCCCAGGCUCCGAUUCAGGCUUGCCCGAACUUCCCCAAGAAACCGAGACUGGGUCGCUUCCAGAUCCCCGAAAACGCCACCCAGGGAGGUGAGCUGGGGGCCCCAGAGAAUCUGCAACCUCCGCCAGCCGCAACGGAACUUGGACCAAGUAGGUCGCCCCAGAUGGGCAGGAGGACACCCGCCCAGGUGCCCAAGGUCGACCGGCAGCCACCGCACAGCAGACCUUGCCUGCCUACUGCCCAGGCCUGCACCAUGUCCCAUCACCCAGCGGCCAGCCAUGAUCUGGCCCAGCCUCUCAGAGUGCUCUUCCGGAGACUGGAAAACGGAUGCUGGAGCUCCAGCCUCCUGACAGCCCCCUCAUUUCACUCUCCUGAGAAGCCGGGAGCCUUCCUCGCUCAGAGCCCUCGUGUCUCAGGGAAGUCCGAGGGUCCUUGUGUUCGUGUCCCACCGAGCGUCCUCUACGAGGACCUUCGGGUUUCCUCCUCCUCAGAGGACAGCGAUUCUGACCUGGAGUGA